AUGUAGAUUCUGAGUUCGGACAUUGCCUAGACUCAAAUUCAAUUAAAAUAGAAUGAUUUGACUAAAUAAUAGAAUAAAUCUUUUAAGAAGAUGGAUAAUCAAGGGCAUUUGACAAACGAUUAAGCAAAUCAGGAAGCACAUUUAUACCUAAACUUACCAAAGCAACCCUUACUUUCACUACAAAAGAUAAAGAACGAUCUUAACUCAUCAAGAAAGCCUAAUGCUAGAAAUGUAAGGAACGAGAUAUCUUCAAUUCAAUAACUCUGGGACGAAGCUUAUUAGUGGUGGAGAAGAAAGUAGCAUUAGAAUAUUUGA